AUGAAGUACUGCCGGCACCCGCGUGAAACUCAGAGUCAAAGCGGAGCUGUUUUUCGACGACGAGAUUGCCGCGGCAACACGAUACGCAGCGUGCACCACACAGCCAAGCGACAGCAGAAGCCAGCGAAGGACAAGACGGCGCUCGAGAUCGCAGCUAACGAAGCGCUCUUCGGUCAAACCGGAGGAAGCGCCGACGAAACGUGGACAUUAGGGUUGUCAUCCACGAGCAGAGGCGGUAGCGGAGGCGGCGGCCCGUGGGGCUCGGCUGACGCUAAUUGGUUUGGUUCCAGCCCUUCACAAGCAACUACAGCAACAGCAACUACAACAGAAAGCUUUUUCACUCGCAGUGGCAUCCACAACCCAACCCAUAGUGGCAACAGUGUCGGCAACAGAGAGUUUAAAGCGAAAGGAGGCGGCGACUCGUUGCCGCUGCCAGGCGUGGACGCCCCUUCAAUGGGCAACUACGAACGCGAUGGCCACUUUCGCAUGCCAAUGGCGCUUCGGAUAACAGGUCAGCAACAGGUUUCACAGGCCGCGGCAACUUCUACAACUUCCCACCAUUUGCCACACAGAGUGAAGAACACCCCGCUUUCAGGCAACAGCAGCAACUCUUCGAGUACAGUACCCUACUUUCACCACUUUCUGGACCGAAGCAGCAGCAGCAGCUCCACGACCUCGUUGCUCUUCAACCAAACGAGCAGUGUUGCAGAGAGUUUGCCUGUAUCUGCAGGGAAAAGACCGCGAACAGGCGCCACUAACAGCACAGCCAGCAGCAACUUUUUAGCACCGUUAGGGUUUCCCUCUCCACUGUUUGAGACGGAGCACCCAUUACCAGAUUUCAGCACCAAUUGGGGUUUUAGCAGUCGGAAUGUGCCGAGAUCCGGCUUGUCGACGUCAACUGCUCCACUUUCCAGUAGCGCCACCAUGACAACGACCAGCCACAGCAUGAGCAAUGUCACUACCACGUCGAAUUUAUCAGGAAUUGGGUCCGGAUUCUCGUCGCCGAAUGGGGCGUCGAUGUUUGCAGGCGUGGACUCUUUUUUGCCGGAUUAUGACACGUCGUUGUAUUCGCUCUGGAAUGCUCCGGGAGGCGGCAGUGUGAUGGGCUACGAGGCGGAGACCGACGCAACACAGGGACAACAGCAACAGGUCCAGCCGCCAUUGUACAUGACCUCAGAUGACGAGUUGAAAAUGGACUAUCCGCAGCUUCCAGAGUUUAAUCAAGACUUGGAUUCCUAUCUGAACGACACCAUAGAGUCCGGUGCUUCCUCCACGACUGCACUUGGCACGACUACUAAUAAUGUGAUGAAGAUGGACCAUUUAGUGACGACUGACAGGAGGGCAGGUGCUGGUGUGACAACAUUGAGUGCCAGAGAGCCCCAAUUGGAGAGGCUGCUCGCUCCAGCGGCUGCAACAGCUACUGCGGAGUUUCUAGUCAAGCGAGAUCGUGGUUUAACGGGCCUAGAGACGACUGCGCGCAUGUCCAAGAGACCUCGUGGAGCUUACGACGACGCGUACGCAGCUGCGCCGGUGAGUAGUGGCUCAAUGGCCGGCUCUACCCCGAGUAGCAGCGCUGCCUCUUUCCGAAGUCUGACCAAGAACCCAACCAUUGAGCCGAAGCGGGCUGUGAUGCCGUCGUUGGGAUCGUAUCACAGCGGACAGUCACUGUUAAUGCUCACACCCACGUCGACGAGCACGACGCUUAUGGUCUCAACUGGUUUUGAUGCUUCUACGACACCCACGACUGUAGUCACGUCGACAUCGAAAACUGCAGCAGCUGUAGGCAGCACCAAGGCGUCGAAGCGUCCACGCAGCCGACAAUGUGAGUUCCCUGGCUGUCCGAACAGAGCGCGAUCGCACCAGAAAUGCAAAAAGCACGGCGGUGCGCACCAGUGCGUGUUUGAGGGCUGCACGAAGAACAGUCAGAGCCGAGGACUGUGCAUCGCUCACGGCGGUGGCUCUCGUUGCAAGAGGGAAGGCUGUGUGCGUGCAGCCCAGUCGAAAGGUCUGUGCAAAUCUCACGGUGGCGGUGAAUACUGCGCCGUGGAAGGCUGCAACAAGAAGGCGCAUCUGAAACAUUUGUGUCGUACACAUGGUGGAGGCGUCCGCUGUAAGUUUGAGAAAUGCUCCAAGUGGGCACAACGCAAAGGGUGGUGUAUGGCACACGCGAAGGAGUUUGCGGCGACAUGA